UGUGGCGUCGUCGGACCGGAUGUUGUUUAUGACCGACAUUUUCCUUUGGAAACUGUAUUUGGGAUUAAAUUGCAUAUAAUUUUCCAAUUUUACCAAUUAAUAUUUUAUUCCUGGUAUAAUUAAAGAUAAUAACAUGUUCUUAUGAAGCAGGGAUGUAAAAUAGGUAGACGUUUAAUGAACUCUAAGAUCAUUUUAGCAAAAGUUUUUUUCUCUUUCAAUAUAGCGGGAAAUCUUCGUUGUGACGCGCACAAUAUCUGAUAAUUUGUCGGGUGAAGCAGUGAAGUGUCGUAACGGAUUGUUAUGUGGUUAUUUACGCUCUGACAGUGGAUCUCGGUAUUAUAUUUAGAUUUGACAAUGUCGGACGAAAUGGCGGUGGGUGAUAACGCAUCAAAUGAUGAACAAAAACUAGACGGCGGUGAGACGGAAACGGAGACCAUGGAGACCGCUGAUGCUUCAGAACUCCAAGCAGAACCUUCAGCUCUUGAAUCUGAAGCGACAUCGGAACCUACUGAAGAUGAAUCUGCUGUGGAAACAAAAGAUGAAUUAAAAGACAAUUUACAUGAAACUGAUUUACCAAUAAAAGAAGAAUCAGAAACGGAAGAGACAAUGGAAGAACAGAAAGAACCUGACGAGGAGGUGACGAGAGGCAUCAAACGUAGAGCAUCCGCGGCGUUUAGUGAUGGUGGAGAUGAAGAGUUUAAAGGUUUCGACAGUUGUGAGCAAAGCAGCAUCGCAGAUUAUAGUCGCAUUAUUGAAGAGGAGAGGAAAGUUAAACGGAGAACAUCCACAUCUAGUGAUGAUGGUUUCAAAGGUUUUGACCUUACUGAACACAAUAGUUUGACUGGAUAUUGUCAAGUUUUAGAACGCUUGGAAGCUGAGGUGUCAGCCGCCAUCAAGACAUACACACCAGUCCGUAGCGUCAUGGCUACACCAGCGAUCAGAGCCAGUAAACGAGCUCGCCAAGACACAGGUGGGUGUACCAAGUGGUCAGAACAUCUCGAGGCGGAGGUGACUGCCUUCGUGAGGAGCUUCUCAGAUGAAAACGGGGAGACAGUGGCUGCGAAGCGUCAGCGGCGGGGUACUGACAGCUCGCGGCCGUCGUCGGCGCUGUCGUCGCGCUCGGACGGCGAGGGCGCGGGCUCCACGGACGCGUCCAUGUCGCCGGCGGCGCGCGGGGGGCGGCGCGCCACGGCCGAGAUGUCGGCGCCGGCGCUGCGCGUGCCGCUGGAGCGCGGCUGGCGGCGCGAGCUCGUGUACCGCGCCGUGGGCGCCUCGGCCGACGCCUCCAGCCGCCGCAACGCCGACAUCUACUACUACACGCCGCACGGGAAGAAGCUGCGCUCCACGAGGGAGGUCGCCGAACAUCUGUCAGGCACAGGUCUCACAUUAGAAAACUUCUCUUUCUUCAAAGAACCAUUGGGAAUCGAUGAUCCUGAAAAAGAGAUUAUACGUGAUGCUAAAGUCAUCAGACGCGUGGAGUCUCCAGUACCAGCUGCUCCUCCACCAGUGUUGGAUGGGAAGAGGACACCUAAGCCGAAACCACCUAAAGGUGCCAGCCCUGAACCCGCUACGCAUAAGUCACCACCUGCUAAACUUAAGGUUAAAUCAAUGGGUUCCCGGCUAAGCAGCAAUGGUACCACUACCCCGAAGCAAGUGAAGAAGGCCCCGGCUCCACAACAACAGCCGCAAGCGCAGCCGCAACAGCAGAUGCCAGCACCAGCAGACAACAACAACACUGCAGCAUGGAAGAAACCCAGGGGUCCGCUGCCGCUCCAGCCGCAGCCGCGACCCGUGCAACCCGUGCAACCUGUGCAACCAGCGCAUCCCGCACCCACUGCGCAUACUACUCACGCUGCGCACCCCACACAUUCCGCACAUACUGCGCAUCCCGCGCACGUCCCUCACAGCCCCGCCGCGCAAGCGUCGGAAAGAGAGCCUGUCCCGGUGCAUCACCAUCAGGUGCCGCGCCAGGUGCAGCAGCCGUGCUCGAUGGCGUGCGGGCGCGGCGCGGUGCCGUCGCUGGCGUGCGCCGCGUGCCUGUGCCUGUACCACCCCGCCUGCGUGGGCUGCGCGCACGCCGCGCCCGACCGCUUCCUCUGCAAGAACUGUCGGAAAUCAACGUCACCACCACUGGAACCUCCAGUCGUCCAUAAUAAAACAGGCGUCACCACUAGUGUGACCCAUCCCCAAUUGAUCACCGCCCUACCAAACAUGUCCAACACUGGUGCCAGGCGACUGCCGGUGCCGGUACCGACGAAGGUGCCAAAGAAUGAUAAAAGAGUGCUCUUGAGGAUGAAGGUGGCGGGCGGCGGGCCGGACGGCGAGCGCGUGUGGGCCGUGGCCAAGGGCGCGCCGCCGCGGCCCGCGCUGCCGCAGUCGCUGGCCGUGCUCAACGGCCGCCGGUUCAUCGUCGUGGCGCGCGCCAGCCCGCACUGCGAGGCGCCCAAGGCCCUGCGCGCGCGCGCGCUGGCCAACGGCGCCGCGUCGCCGCCCGCCGCGCCCGCGCCGCCCGCGCAGUCCCCGCGCCGCCGCGGCCGCCCGCGCGUCGACGACGCCGACCACUUCACCGCCUUCCACACGCGCGCGCGCGCCGCCGACUACAACGUGGCCGUGCAGAUAUUUCAAUAUCUUGGUAUGCGCGACGUGGCCCGCUGCGCACGAGUUUGUCGGCUGUGGCGCCAGCUAGCGUCCGCGCCGGCGCUCUGGAGGCACGUACGGAUGAAAAACUCACACGUUAGCGACUGGGGAGGUUUAUGUGCAGCGUUAAAGAGUCACGGAACGAGAUGGUUGGACCUGCGUAAGAUGUUGCUACCACCCAACGACACAGUCUUCUGGGAUCACUUCGCUGAGCACAUCGGCUCCGUAGAUACGCUCGAGAGGCUGGAGCUGUGCCGCUGCCCGGCGCGCGCGGUGGAGGCGGCGUGCGAGCGCCUGCCCGGCCUGCGCGCGCUGGCCGCGCCCGCCAUCCGCGACGCGCGCCUCGACCCUGCGCCGCUCGCGCGCCUGCCGCGCCUCGAGCUGCUGCGCCUCAAGAGCCUAACUGGACUAUCCCUAACCCGCGACCUACAUUCCCUGUCUUCACUAUCACGUCUGCAACAUUUAUCACUAACAUCGAUCAAAGAGCUUGGUUGGUGUGCAUGUGAAGUAGUCGGACAGCUUGAACAGCUGGAAUCACUCGAGCUAGGCGAAUGUUCCUUCGGUGGAUCAUUUGCAACGGCUCUGGGCAAGUUGGUUAAACUGCGGAGGUUGCGACUAGAGCGAGGAGUGUCUCAUUGUGCCGCACCAGCGCUUCUAAGAGCGCUUUCAGCGUUGCCAAAGUUAACCAGACUCGAACUUGUUAAUUUUGAUGUAAAGGUUGGAUUCGAUGAUGCUCUCGCGGAAUGUAAAAACAUUCAGAGACUGCUCAUUAUACCGACGUAUGUGUCACAAUCUGCGACUACCAACAAACAGGUAUUAAGCGGUGUACUUCGACUGAAGGAUACGUUGACGCAUCUGAUGUGGGGCGUGACUAUCGAGUUGCUUCGCGUUACUGAAUUAUUCAUAGACCAGUGUGAAGCGGGCGAAGGCGAAGGCAAGCGGCGCGACGUCGGCGAGUGCAUUCCCGUACUCAAACCCGUACCCGGCUGUCGCCUGCCCGACGAUCACCGCACCGUGGUCGGCCCGCCGCAGGUGGAAAUACUCCCGAUCCCGACUCUACAACGGCUUCUGUCAGCUCAACUUCCGAACACCAAACUAAAAUUGCUGCGCAUCCCCUUCCACGCAACCUGGCGGCAAUCACUCGCAGACUUCCAGUAGUGCGCACACCCGCGACACUAUGUUGGUGCAGGACCCCUGAACGCACAUCGAGGCAUAUGUGACUGACAAACAUGUACAAAAGUGGGGUCAGUCAUAGACUAUAUAUAUAAAUAAAAUGUCAUUCGUGUCCCGGGCAGGGGUCGGUGUAACGAAAAGGACUACGAUUUUAUUGAGUUAAAAAAUACACCCGAGACGGGUUAACUUCAGUGCUUAGACAACAUGCAGUUUUUAUCUCAAGUUAUUGGAAAUUAUACAGUCAAAAAAUAUAUAUCAAAGUUGAUAUACAAAUGCAAUUAUUAUAUAUGAAUAGAUUUGUCAGUGGGCUGAUAAUUUAAUAAUUUGCAAUACUUGAAGUGAGAUGAGGAAACAAGAUUAUAUAAUCUAAAUUUGAAAUUUUAUAAAAAAAAAAGAUAAAACUUUGUGUCAAAGUUACAGAUUAUAAAAAAUGAGUACAAUAAGUAAAUGUUUUUUUCAAAACUAUCAUUUAAAUAAGAAUUAUAUGUUUGUAUGUAUUAAUUUAAAAUUAUUUUGAAUCAAAUAAAAAUAAAGAAACACUUGUCAUCGAUUUCAUUAAAUGUAUUAGAACAUUGUUUAAAAGGAACAAUAUAAUAAUCUGAUAUUUAAUUUUAUCUAUUAAUUAAACAGUUUACAACAUGUAUCAUAUCUAAAAUACCUUCUGUAUUUUUAGCCUCUAACAUAUUAUAUAAUAUAGCCUUAUUAAAAAAAAAAACAAUAUAACAAUAGUUUAAAAAACCCGUGGGUGUUCUUAUAGUCUUAAGUCGUAGCGAGAGAUAUAUUUUUAUUCAAAUUCAUCCAUUUCAUAUUAUUAUAUGACGCAAUGAAAUAACUAUAUAAAGUUAAUUGAUUAACUUCUUAGUUUUAAUGUCUAAGGUUGUAAAUAUUAUAUCGAUCAGCCUGUAGUUUUUGACCUUUACCAUAGAUACAUGAGGUAUUCAUUUUGUUUAAAAAAAAAGUCGCAAUUGUCAUCGAAAUGGCGGGAAAUUUUCUUUAAAAAAUUAUCAAAAGUUAGACGUCAUUUUUUAAUAAAUAAAUUUAAUAUUUCUAAAAUUUGUUUUGUUAAUUACGUCUUUUGUGAUAUGUCUAUUUUGAUUCGAUUUUGUCAUUUCAUAAAAAAGAAGGUUUCCGCCAUUUUGAUGGAGUUAGAUUGUCUGUCAUACACUUAGUCAUUGACAUAUAAAUUAUGAUUACACAGAAUUGUAUAGAUCUGUUCACUGACGUGGGUGCGCGCCUCCACAUCUAAUUAUCGGCGUGCAUUAAUAAAAAAAAAUUUGAUUUGCGUUUUUUGUUGCCUUUUAGUCGUCUCACGCACACUAAGACAUCGUGUAAGCACGAGCGUCAUUCACUCAUGCUAAUGCACGCCGAUAAUAAUUUAUCGUAGAGGAGCGCGCCUUCAUGACUGAGUAGAUCUAUCCAUUGUGUUAAAAUGGAAAAUCUGAAAUACGCCUUAAUAUACAUGUUAUUCAAAAUUUAUAAUAUAUCUAACUUGGAAGUUCACAAAAAAUAAUUUAAUUUAUCAUUCAUGUAUUUGUUAUUAAAAAAUAUUGAAUAAUAAAUACAUUUUGAGAAUUUUUUAUAUGUCUUGGAAAUAGAUUAAAGUAAAUAAUUGCUAUUUGUCUCGCAACUGUUUCAAUUUACUCAUAAAUGUUCACCUUACAAUGUUUUUUGUGAUAACUUAUUUUGUUUAAAAUUAUCAAUUAUGAAAGUGAUUUACUUUUGAUUUACGUUAAAAUUACUUUUAAAUAUUUUUUUCUGUUCUAUGACAAACGUGUUUGGAGACGUUUUUUAUUAUUUGACAUAUUAGGAUUUGACUAUUAAACGAAAUAUUAUAAAAUUGUGAUUCUUUUUAAUGUAGCAAGUUUCAAUCUCAAUUAAAUUAGCUAAGAUGAUAGUGAAAUUUUGAAAUAAAAACAUUUAUUAAAACACUCGUACCUAAACUCCGUGUAUCAAAUAUUUUUACGAUUACACUCUAGUGAAGAUAUCGCGUUGAUUCAAUACAAAUUACCUGAUAAAUAAGUCCUAAUAACUUAUAUAUUUGUAGAAAAAUACGUUUAUCGGCGAGAGUGUAAUCACAAAAAGGAAAAAUAUAGUUUUAGAUAUAGAUUUUAUGAAAAAAUAUAAAUUUUCGUAUUCGGUAGUUUUUAUAGAAACAAAUGAUAUCUUAGGCAAUAUGUAACACAAAUAAAUAGCAGAAAAUAGCUGUGACAAUUAUUUAAUAAAUAUAUUACAAUAUAUUAAGGUUGAAUAACAUGAAGGCGUUUAUAUUUUUAAAUUAUUAUUCGAUUCGAAUCCGUAAAUGAUACGAAAGCCUGGCUUCGUAGCUUAGACACUGGUCUAUUGUUUAUAAUCUCCUUUCGAAAGAUGAUUUGUAUUUUUAUUGUAGUUUUUAGUUGGGGUAAGUUUGGUAGGCGCCCUUGUAAAUAUGUAUAAUUUGUAUCGGCGCCCGCCGCGACCGGCUCCGUUUAUUAGUUUAAUAUAAAUACUAGGAAGUAAAGGCGACUCAAUAAAUCGUUGCCCUGUAA